UGUGUUAAUAACUGGAACAAUGUCACUGCAAAGAUGCCAAACUGAAUGGGAAGAAAUUGACCAAGAAUAUCAACAAUUACAGGAAACUCACAAAGUGUACAGACAGAAACUUGAGGAGCUUACUAACCUUCAAUCGACGUGUAGCAGUGCCAUUGGUAAACAGAGGAAGGGUCUGAAGGACUUGAAUCAAAGUCUAAAAAGGUGUGCGAAAACAUGUGACAACAAAGAAUCAGAGCUGAUAAAAGAUGUCCAAAUUCAGAUUAAAGAGAAAGAAAAUGUCUUCUUUGACAUGGAAGCAUAUUUGCCAAAGAAAAAUGGAUUGUAUCUUAAUUUAGUCCUGGGCAAUGUAAAUGUAACACUUCUCAGCAACCAGGCAAAAUUUGCCUACAAAGAUGAAUAUGAGAAGUUCAAGCUCUGCAUGACUAUUAUCCUGAUGUUUGGUGCCAUAACCUGUCUUUUCUUAUUAAAUUACCGUGUCACAGAUGAAAUCUUCAACUUCUUGCUGGUGUGGUACUACUGCACAUUGACAAUCAGGGAGAGCAUUCUAAUGAGCAAUGGGUCCAGGAUCAAAGGAUGGUGGGUCUCCCAUCACUAUGUAUCUACCUUUCUGUCUGGUGUCAUGCUUACCUGGCCUGAAGGGCCAAUGUACCAGAUGUUCAGAAGUCAGUUCCUGGCCUUCUCCAUUUAUCAGAGCUUUGUGCAGUUUCUACAAUACUACUACCAGAGUGGCUGCUUGUACAGGUUACGAGCUUUGGGGGAAAGAAGUCAGUUGGACCUUACUGUAGAGGGCUUCCAGUCCUGGAUGUGGAGAGGCCUCACCUUCCUCCUCCCGUGUCUCUUCUUUGGUCAUUUCUGGCAGCUGUACAACGCUUGGACCCUGUUUCGGUUGGCAGGGCGUGAUGACUGCAAGGAGUGGCAGGUAUUCAUGUUGGCACUAACAUUUCUCAUCCUGUUCCUGGGAAACUUCCUCACCACGGUGAAAGUCGUCCACCAAAAGGUGCAGACAAACAAAGAGGAGGUACAAAAGAAUGACUGAGAACGAUGCUGAGAGCAGCUCAGAUUACCAAGUAGCCAGUAACAAUGGAAUGAAACGGGACUAUGUCACAGACACAAUCAAUGGAGGGUUUGACUUCUGGAACUCCAGAAGAGCGAAACCUAGCCGCCAACUAGCGGACCAUGCUAGCAGCAGCAGCAGCAGCAGAAACCACAAUUAUCAAAGGCAGUUUUAACGCGCUUUCGUGUUUGUACUGAGUUGUUGAGGUCCUUGUUACAUUUGUAGAUGUGAAAGUCACCUGGCAAACGAACCACUGAGGGGAUAGACCUUGUAUAGUUAGAUUGUUUUUGACCUGACUGCAGUUAGUUUUAACCUUUUAUAUGUAUGUGUGCGUCUGUGCAUGAACAUGUAAAGAGAGACUUUUUGUCAAAUAAUAUGCAACUGUAAAGGGUAAGUAGUAGCAUUAAGUCAUCAGAAAAGUCAGUUUUUGUGUCCUUAGAGGACUUUACAAUGCCUAUGGAGUUGUAGAUGUCAGAUUAUCUCUCUGGGUAAUUCAUGCAUGGAAACAUCCAAGGCACAGUGUCCCAUUAUUCCAUUGGUGUGUUUAUGUUGUGUUGUGUGACCCGCAGGUCUUCAGUUAUUCUGGUAGUGAUUCAUCCCCUGGUGGGCUUUUUCAAACCUGUGGGACUUUCUUUUGGGGCCCACUGUGUAUGCAUCCAUCUUUCCGUCUCAUUUUAGUAAGCUGACACUUUGGGGAUAUAUAAAAACAGGAUUGUCAACCAUAGUCAACCAUUUUUCAAACAAUGUCCUGGUUGUUUGGUGUGUUUCAAUGACCCCAAUCCGCUUUAUCGAAUGGUCCUGAACGCCUCAGUCCUGAACAACAUGGACACAACCGUUAUAGUCAUUCUGCUGUUGCUGCCUGUCAUUGGAUUUUGGUCAAACCAGUAGCCGUUAUUCAGACUGCUGCUUUCAGAGUUCAAAGAAUCCUUAUUGAGAAUAGUGAGUUACCUCAACCUACCUCAGUUUAAACCUACAGGCUGAUUGUGAAUCUUUGAUACAAGUGAUUUACAAUCAUAUGGGAAGAGUCCAGCUCAGUUCAGGUAGUUAAAGUUCUGAUAGUGUCAUAUUUCAAUAUCAAGGUCAAACUUGGUUACUCUAAAGAAAUGCUGUUAAGAGCACUUUAACUGUGAACAUACUAUUGGGAAUAAUGUCACAAGCAAUUGAGCUAUUGUGAUCAAAUGUAUAAUGGAACAACAACGUGAUAUAUACUCAUGUAUGAACUGUAGAUGAUGAUCUUGCUUGGUUACAUGGUGGAGAGCGAUUGCUAUUUGUACUGUACCAUAGUAUAUUUUGAACAAAUGGAUGUGCAUCGCUGUAGUUACGUAGUGACAGGCCCUGAAUGCCUUAUUCUUCCUAUAGCCUGUCACAACGGCUCAUUUAGGUCCCUGUCUUUCAAUCAAGUGUCCUGUCAAGUUUAGAAAUACCUUGUGUAGGAAGCAGUGGGUUUCAGAGAAACACGCGGCUCUAAGGGAAUUGUUGUUACUGUUUGUCGGGUGUACUGUAAGCUCGUUAUUAACUAGACCAAGAUGUUAUAUUAUUAUAUUUACAUGAUAAACUUCUGAGCCUCUACGGUGUGCAUCAUGUCCUCGUCCGAUACCUGAACGUCGUAAAAUCAAGUCAUGUCUCGUACUGUCCUCACAGUAACCUUUGCCUGAGCGUGCCCAGCUAUGAGAUGACUGACCAAGCGUUUCCUUUAUGAAAUGUUUGGUGUCGGAUGUUGAAACUGUAAAUCGCUGUAUAUUAAACAUCAGAAUUGAACAUGG